AUUCAAGUGGUUGCGCGGAGUUCAGUGAACGACAUCAUCCUGGCGGCCUUUUUGGAAAACGGGCCUGCCUGUACUCCAGUAGGGGCCCUAACGCUUAGGGCCGGAUUAGCUCAUGUGCCUCUUGGGCCAAAUCCCGCUUACAUACAGCACACACCACACAACAUAGGUCGGUGCGAGCCAGCCGCCGGAAUGCUCAUAGCCUGCGCCGGCUGCGAGAAGCCGAUCCUAGACAAAUUCCUGCUGAACGUCCUGGAAAGGACGUGGCACGCGAACUGCGUCCGAUGUUUCGACUGUCAGGCUCCACUCACAGACAAAUGCUUCAGCAGGGAAGGCAAACUCUUCUGCAGGAGCGACUUCUUCAGGCGAUACGGGACGAAAUGCGGCGGCUGCGGUCAAGGGAUUUCCCCGAGCGAUCUCGUCAGGAAGGCCAGGGACAAAGUGUUCCAUCUGAACUGUUUCACGUGCCUCGUCUGCAGGAAGCAGCUCUCCACAGGCGAAGAACUCUACGUACUCGACGACAACAAAUUCAUCUGCAAGGACGAUUAUCUGGCGGGAAACAAGACCGCCAUCCCGGGACACCAUCAAGACUCUCUGCUCGGUUCCGCGUCGGAGGAUGAGGACGACGACGACAACAGCACAGCAUCCUCGGUCCUGAAGCACCAUCCGCUCCAUGGGUCGCUGCAACCGGCGCCAGGAGAGACCAACAACAAUUCCCUCUCCCAUUCGGACAUCGGCAGCUCGAUAGGACAGGAUUCGAAAACGGGUCAGGACGACUCGGAGGACCAGAACUCGUUAGACGGUGAUCCCGAAACGCGCGAUUCGCAAGCUGAAAAUAAAAGUCCUGAUGAUAACGGUGCAGGUUCGAAGCGUCGGGGACCCAGGACGACCAUCAAAGCGAAACAGCUGGAGAUCCUCAAGACCGCCUUCUCGCAGACGCCCAAACCCACCAGGCACAUCAGAGAGCAACUCGCCAAGGAAACGGGACUUCCCAUGAGGGUGAUACAAGUGUGGUUCCAAAACAAAAGGUCGAAGGAGCGCCGAUUGAAGCAGCUGACGUCGAUGGGCCGUGGGCCAUUCUUUGGGUCAACGCGCAAGAUGCGAGGAUUCCCAAUAAACCUGUCACCGGGCGGUCUUGAGGAAGGUCCCGGCUUCCCGUACUUCGCCGACGGCAAGUUCGAAUUCGGCUACGGUGGACCUCCGUUCCAUCCACACGACAGCCCCUUCUUCCCAGGACACCCCGGACAUCCAGGAGGCGGACCAGGCGGACAACCCAUGAACUUCAAUCAACCAGGUGGUCCCAUGGAUCAUGGACCUCUACCCAUGGGCGGCGAUUUCGGCGGCAUGCAGAGCGACCAAGGGCCCUUCCUGCAGCAGCCACCACCAGACCAGAUGAUGCAGGGCUCCGUCAGAGGCGGAAGUCCCGAAUUCAUGUCGCCCGGAAACUUCUCCGAUAACCCGCAGCAGUUGAACGAGGGUCUAGUGUGGUAGCUAGCAAAGGCCCUCGCCAAAAGGGCUAGGGAAAAUUAACACAACACAACACAAAAAAA